AUGACCAGGGACAGGGAAACCGACCGCCCGCGCGGUAUCGCCUACGUCGAUUUCGAAGAUGCGGAAUCGCUGCGCAAGGCUAUCGAGCUCGACGGUGAGGAGUUCGCCGGCCGUGCUAUCCGCCUCGACGUCGCUGAGAACAAACGGUGGUCGCAGGGAUGGUGGCGGAUUCGGUGCCGGCAGGUACGACGCCACCGGCGACGAUUCCAACUGGCGCGAUCUGGCCAAGAAGGCCGCCGAGGAGCGCGCUGCCGCCGCCCCCGUCGAGAGGGAGCGCGACCGCGAGCCCCGGAGGGACGACCGACCCGACCGCAGGGACCGGAGGGACGACCGAAGAAGAGGCCAUUUUUCAAAUAG